AUGGUGGAUAAGGAAGACAAGAUAGUAGACCCCCAGAUGGCCCCGCACUAUUACCCUUCUGUGCCGGUUGCUGUAUUCGUUUGUUGGGUGGUCCCGGUUGUUCUCAUUGCAGCGUUGUCACGCUUCGCAGUAGAUACUAAUCAAGCUUCAAUUCCCCUGAGUGUUCAGGAUAAUCCAAAGCCAACGAGUCCAAUUCCCGCCCCCACUUCCACACCUAGUAAGAGCAAGCGCCAGAUUUCGACAAAGAGGGGUCCAUUGACAGUGGAGAAAGGACCUUCGGGAUUGCCCACAGUUCUGGCUAACAAACCAACUUCAUACAUUGAGAUUGUUGAAUCAAUCGGGAGGAAGCGAGUUGACUGGGGGGAUAUUACAACGGACAUAGUUGGACUACCCGAACAAUCGUAUCCGAAUUUGAAAUCUUCUGCAAGCUCGAAGGUAUCGCAGACCGAAGAAAGUGAGAAAUCCGACGAGGAACCAAUUGAUCCCCCUCGAGGUGCAUCCACCGACUUUGUCCGCCAACAACAUUUGCGCGAUAUUGCAGCCCUCCGAGAGAGCUAUAAGGCAAAUGCAGACGAUUUAGGUAAAGCCAUUUCCUUGGCCGAGGCACUGCGUCUUUUUGAUGUGCAGUAUCAUGAUGGUGGCUCGGUACAAAAGGAAGCAUUGGACACAUUCCACAAAGCUAUCAAUCUAGCAAAGGCUAGGAGAGAAGAGAUGGUUUCGCAGGGGCAUGAAACCAGUUUGCUUCACGGCAGCCAACGGGACGAAACGUACGGCGAAAUGCUUCUAGAUUAUGGCAGUCGCAGCAUUGAUGGUAUUAUGUGUGCUCUCUAUACAUCGCUAGGUAAAACAUAUUUUAUGGCGAACAUGUUUGAAAGAGCAGUGGAAUCGUAUGGUAGUGCUUUGGAAAUCAAUCCGUCGUAUUUGGAUGCUUUGUCAUCUAGAGGAAGCUCCAACAUUAUCUUGGGUAACUACGCAGCUGCAGCGUCUGAUCUCAGCGCUGUGAUGCACAAUGAUUCAAGUCGGAGAUUUCAAGAUGUAUUCACUGGUCUUGCAAGAAUAUUGCAGGCAAAAGAGAGUGCUGUCCCAGAUGGAUGGGGGCCGAUGAUCGGAAUUCUCAUGGACUUGAUUCCGCUACUGGAGAUGGAACUUCGUUCUGCCACGGAAGAGACAAAAAUCGUGCUCUUGCAGUCUCUCAACCGACUGUACCACGUCCUGUUCGUGUAUCACGAUGUGAAAACAAAACAAACGGAUCUGGCGUGGGAGUCUCUCACGAAGUCAUAUGAGUAUAAGAUGAAUGCGAUUGAGCCAUUCAACUUUGAUUUCGAACGACAAAAGGUCGAAACGACGAAACAGAUUUUUCACAAAGGUUUCUUUCCAGAAGGGGUUGGGAGCUCAUCGAGUGCCCCGAUCUUCAUCAUUGGAUUUGUUCGUAGUGGUUCCACUCUCCUGGAACGCUUGCUUGACUCUCACCCUCAGAUCGCUGGCACUGGUGAGAAUUCAGUCUUCAAUGGACAACUUGAUCAUAUCCGCAAUAAAAUUGUUGAAACGAGCGUCCUUGACUCCUCGAAUUUGGCAAGUAUGAUCGAAAAGCUGGGGGAUGGCGUUGUUACAGAGAUGCUCCAAAGAUGGCGAAUGGUGUCCAAUGUUGAUGAAGACUACAGUCCUUCCAAAAUGGUUGAUAAGAUGUUGACGAACUACUACAACGUGGGUUUUAUUCACAUGCUCUUUCCAAAUGCGUUGAUCUUACACGUUGCAAGAGAGCCGAUGGACACCCUUCUGUCGGCAUUCAAACAUGAAUUCCCCCCUGGUUCCUUAGAUUAUACUUCUUCGUUUAAGAGUCUUGCAGAGCUCUACCACAGCUACAGGAACCUCAUGGACCACUGGGACAAGGAACUUCCCGGCAGAGUGACACAUGUUCGCUACGAAGACAUGGUGAAUGAUAUGCCCGGUAUUGCACGAAAAAUAAUUGAAGUUACAGGCCUCGAGUGGGACGAAAGUGUGCUCAACUUUCACAAGAAAAAGCAUGCUGUAAACACGCUAUCGACUACUCAAGUUAGAAAAGGUGUAUACAAGGAUAGCAUUCAAUCGUGGCGUCGGUACGAAAAACAUUUAAAGCCCUUGAUGGAUCUGGUUGGUAAAAGGGCUUCGUUUGAAGAUCUUCAAACAAGCGUGAAGGGCUACGUUCCUCCUGCAGAUUUGAUUGACACUGAGCAAGAGUUGUAG